AGUAAUCGUUGCAGAAUGGGGCAGGAUCCAAAUGAAAGAAUGGCUGUAAUAAAAAGGGAGGAGGGAGGAGGAGAGAAAGAGAAAGAGAAAAAAACAAGAAGACAAAAGAUUGUCAGGUUGGACAAACAGCAGACUUUCAGUGAAGAAGAAGUCAUGGGAAUCUUUCCAGUCGUCCUCCUGCUCUGUGGUCUCCAUGCUGGAGUCCAGACUCAGGACAGCGAGAUCACUCCGCCUCCUGCUGGAAACCUGCCAGCCGACUGCAGGGAGGAGAUGUAUCCUUGCACCAGGAUGUACUCGGUGCAUCGGCCCAUCAAGAGGUGCAUGGGGGGGCUGUGCCUCUACAGCCUGCCCCGGGUCUACGUGAUCAACAAGGAGAUCUGCUCCAGGACCGUGUGUCGGCACGACGAGGACGUCCGAGCGGAGAUCUGCAGGGAGUUAUCCGGCUGGCCUAGACGCGUCCAGAGGUCACCCGGCGGGAAGCGCUGUCGCCAUCGCCGCGGCAACCUUAAGACCUGGGCCAGUCAGGCCUGAACGUUGUGUCCCGGGGCCCAAAAGUCCAACAUUGGACACCUGUGGGCUAACUUUAGAAGUGUCAUAAAUCAUCCACGCCGCGUCUGGAUUACGUCCCUCGCUUUAAGAACGCACCGAUAUUGACUUUCAUCCACGAUAAGCCCCAACGAUCUGCUCAGCGAUGCUACCUGGUGGUGGUUUGAGCACACUGCAGCUAGUCCCGCAUAAUGUAAGCAACCCCCACUCCUUCACGCUUCAACCACUCGCAGGAUUCUCACAGGAGUGAGGCAAAACCUACUGUGGAUCAGGUCAUACAUCUAGAAUAAAAGCUUAGCCCUACAGGUUAAAACAAAUUAUAUUUUGUAUUGGUCCCUGCAUGCUUUGAUUUUUGACUGUGCGCUUGUCAGUGGAAAAAGUUAGGACACCCCGGAUCUAUACCAUGUCAUAAUCACACCGUAGAUGAUGUCAUAACCAUAUCGUAGAUGACGUCAUAAUUCCUGUCGUAACGUCACGAUGUAUUCUCAUGAUAUUCACUCCGAAACAGACUUUUACGUAUCUGUGGAGAAAUAAAAGACAAUGGCGGUU